GAGGGGGGAGGAUUUACUGGGACUCAGACAGACAGCAGACCGGCUGUCCCAAGCUGCUCUGAUCCUUCACUCUCCGGCAGAGAGCUGUGGUCCGCCUGCUGCCUCCUCUAUCACCGGACACCUGCCCUCCUGAGAAUAACCCAGCGCUAGCGACCAGCUCCGGGACAGUUCAACCAAAGCGAGGAGGCGAGGACAGAAACUCACCGGUUUCUUGUGGCAUCUUUCCGGCUUCUGACACCCCCCCGCUCCUCUCACCCCCCCUCUGUCCUGCGGGAGGACAGGCAGCGCCGCGCGCAGGGCGCACUUGGCGACCCGGGUUUGUUGUCGUUACCAGGAGAGGAGAGGAGCCCACAGCGACCACAGCCUCAGCUGCUCCGGCUCUCAUUAAACCGGGCUGACCCUCUCCGAGGAGCCACUUGCAUGGAUGCACCAUGGCCACGUUUGUCUGCAGGGUUCAGUUUUUAGAUGACACCGAUCCAUUCAACAGCACCAACUUCCCAGAACCGACGAGACCCCCUCUGUACACUUUCAGAGAGGACAUCCCCCUCAUCAACCAGCUAGCAGGCGUCCACAGGCUGCUCAAAGCGCCACACAAGCUUGAUGACUGCACGCUGCAGCUCUCCCACAAUGGCACCUAUCUGGAUCUGGAGUCCUCUCUGGCUGAGCAAAGGGAUGAGCUGGAGGGCUUUCAGCAGGACGAUACAGGGUCCAGGGGGAAGAAGCACAGUGUUAUUCUACGGACCCAGCUGACCGUCCGUGUGCACGCCUGCAUCGAAAGACUUUAUAACUCCAAUGGACGGGACUUGAGACGAGCACUGUUCUCUCUAAAGCAAAUUUUCCAGGAUGACAAAGACCUGGUCCAUGAGUUUGUGAUGGCUGAAGGUCUGACGUGUCUCAUCAAGGUGGGAGCAGAGGCGGACCAGAACUACCAGAACUACAUCUUAAGAGCUCUGGGCCAGAUCAUGCUGUAUGUAGACGGGAUGAACGGUGUGAUCGGGCAUGUGGAGACGAUCGAGUGGCUCUACACUCUCGUCGGCUCAAAGUUUCGUCUGGUGGUUAAAACAGCUCUGAAGCUGUUGCUGGUGUUUGUGGAGUACUCUGAGUCCAACGCCCCUCUGCUGAUAGAAGCCAUCGCCUCUGUGGACAGCAAGACUGGCUGCAAGCCGUGGUCCAACGCUAUGGAGAUCUUACAUGAGAAGGAUGGAGUGGACACAGAGCUGCUGGUCUACGCCAUGACCCUUAUCAAUAAGACUCUUGCAGCACUGCCUGACCAGGAUUCCUUCUAUGAUAUGGUGGAUGGUUUGGAGGAGCAGGGCAUGGAGACAGUGACGCAAAGACACCUGGGAAGGAAAGGCACUGAUCUGGACUUGGUUGAGCAGCUCAACAUUUAUGAGAUGACCCUUCGACAUGAAGACGGUGAUGAUGACAGCCAGCCUCCUCCAAUGGGACGCCGGGACCGCCGUCGAGUCAGCCUAGGGGCUGGGGAUAAAAAACGCGGCCUGGAGAGGAGGCGAAGCCGCAGGGCCUCCCUUGGGAGAUCUGGUCACGCCUCCCCCUGCAGCCCUGCAUCCCCUCAGAGAGGCAACUUCCAGCCCUUCAACGGGCAGAAAGCUGAAGACAUGAGCGAAAGAGAGGAGGAAUAUGAGGAUGAGGUAGAGGAUGAGGAGGAGGAGAAAGAGGAGGAAGAGGAGGAGAAGAAGGAGGAUAAUGUGGAGGAGAUAGAGGAAGAGGAGGAGGAGCAGACUCCUGUGACUGAGUCUGAUUCGGAUGAGCAGCAGGGGGCUGAAACAGUGUCUAAAGAGACCACCCCCAGCCCAGCUAGACAUCUUCCAUCCUUAAUUCACCGAACGACCGUCCAGUCCAUCACUAUCACGUCCAGAAAGGAGACGAUAAAAGAGGAGGAGCAGAGGAAUUGGACUGAACCCCCUCCAGCACCCACCCACAACUCACCCCCUACUCCUACCUCCUCCCCUCUCAGUCCCCCAGCCCAACCUUCACUGCUGGCCUCCCUGCUGGCCAGGAAGAGGUCCAUCGUCACUGUACCGGCUACUAAAGAAGUCAGCCCACCGUCACGCGGCUGCAGCCGCCCCUCUCCUGACCGUCUGCCCUACCUGCCCCACACGCCUUUCCACCUCUUCUCCUACGACCUUGAUGAGGAGCCGUCGCCCCCGGCUCCGGCCAAAACCAGUGAGGAGUCUCCCAAAACAACUUCUCCCAGGAAUGGAGGUGUCAUGUCGUUCUCCCCUCUCAGCAGUCCAAGCACACCCACCAGCCCCAGACUGGCUUUGGGUGGACUUCUGUCCUCCUCAUACCGACAACACCAGGAGUCUCUGGCAGCUGAGCGAGAGCGCCGCCGCUUGGAGAGAGAGGAGAGACUACAGAGGAUAGAGAGAGAGGAGAGGAACAAGCACAGCCGCGACUUUGUGGAUAAAAUGGAAGAGGCCAGGCAUGCGCGGGAGGAGAGGUAUAAGAACGUUGAGCGUCUUGCGGCUGAAGAGUACGAGAGGGAUCGUGUCCGGGUAUCGAGGACCCGCCCUGACCUCAACCUGAACUUUGGACCUGCUGAAGCCUGGCCCUCGUCAUCUCGCAGCAGCAGCCCUUCCUCUUUCGCCUCCCAGGACGACACCGAGGCUGACCUUGAACAAGAGACCCCUGCUACAGCCUCCACGCCUUCUGAGACCGGAGAGGGUGAAGACUCCUGUGCCAGUGUAGAAACAGAGGAAAAGGAGGCUGCUGUUCAAGAAGAAGAGGAACAGAAAGAAGAGGAAGAACAGGAGGAACAGGAGGAGGAGGAGGAAGCACAGGAGGAAGAGCAGGAGGAACAACAAGAGGCAGCGGCAGAAAAAGAGGAGGAAGGUGAAGAGUGUGAGCAGGAAAAAGAGAAGGAGACAGAGGAGGCGGAGGAGGACAGUGGCAUCCUGAGUGACAAGGAACGACAGAAUGAAGAAGUGAAUGAGAAAGAUAACUGCUCGGCCUCCAGCAUCUCCUCCGCCAGUAGCACUCUGGAGAGAGAGGAGAGAGGAGGCAAUGAGAAUGGCCUUAAGGAGGCAGACGUGAAUGAGCACAGCAGCAAACUCCUCAACAGUAAGCUCUUCAUGCUGGACAUGCUCUACUCUCAGAACAAGAAGCCCAGUGAUGAGGAGGAUGAAGAGGAGGAUACAGAGAAGGAAAAGGAGAAAGAGAAAGGCGAGGGGGAGGACAAAGACACUCAGGAGGACACUGAAGAACAGCCAGGUGCUGAGCAGGAGAGCAACAACAGGGCUGACAAAUCAGAGCACCGCGGGACCAUCCGACCGUUCGCUGAGCGGUUUGGAGACUUGAUCAAGGACUUGAAUUCACCACACCCUCACCUGGAUGCCCCAGCUAAUGAGCCCCCUCCUCCCCCACCCAAAAAGGAAUCAGAUACAAUCUGGGACCAGCUCCUGGCGAGCCCGCGAGAGCUGCGCAUUGGGGACAUCAACUUCACCGACCUGACGGAGGACGAUGACAAGGACAUUCUGGAUAAUGUUCUCAUGGGAGGAUGUGGUGACCUUCCACCUCCACCACCCCCUCCACCCUGCAUCCCACGCUUUCCGCCACCCCCACCCAUGCUUGGCAUGCUAGGUGGCUGUCCCCCACCUCCCCCCUUGAUAGGAAUUAUGAGACCCCCUCCACCACCUUUAUUUAGUGCCCCAAUUCCAGUGCCUCCACCCCCGGAGCCCCCUCUGUUUAACAAGAAGAAGAAGACAAUCAGACUGUUCUGGAGCGAGGUGCAUCCGACAGACUCUCAAUACAGGGAUUAUAAAAGGAGUGGAGACUCACUAUGGUCCAAACUGGAACCAGUAAAGGUGGACACAGCCAAACUGGAACACCUGUUUGAGUCCAAAUCAAAGGAAAUACCAGUCACCAAGAAAACAGCCGCAGAUGGGAAGCGUCAGGAGAUCAUCGUUUUGGAUUCAAAGAGGAGUAACGCCAUAAACAUCGGUCUGACUGUGCUGCCUCCGCCCCGCACAAUUAAGACAGCCAUCCUGAACUUUGAUGAGUACGCGCUCAACAAAGAGGGCAUUGAGAAAAUCCUGACGAUGAUCCCCACAGAGGAGGAGAAGCAGAGGAUCCAGGAAGCUCAGCUAGCAAACCCUGAUCUCCCGCUGGGCUCAGCAGAGCAGUUCCUCCUCACCCUGUCUUCAAUCAGUGAGCUCUCUGCCAGACUCCAACUCUGGGCCUUCAAGAUGGACUACGAGGCAACAGAGAAGGAAGUAGCAGAGCCGCUGCAGGAUCUGAAGGAAGGUAUGGAGCAGCUGGAGAAGAACAAAACUCUGCGUUACAUUCUCUCCACGCUGCUCUCUAUUGGGAACUUCCUCAAUGGCACUAAUGCUAAAGGCUUUGAGAUGACGUAUUUGGAGAAGGUUCCAGAGGUGAAGGACACGGUUCAUAAGCAGUCUCUGCUUCAUCACGUCUGCUCUGUGGUCGUGGAGAACUUCCCACAGAGCACUGACCUCUACUCAGAGAUUGGAGCCAUCACCAGAUCUGCAAAGGUGGAUUUCGACCAGCUGCAGGAGAACUUGUGUCAGAUGGAGAGGCGCUGCAAAGCCUCAUGGGACCACCUAAAGGUGAUUGCCAAGCAUGAGAUGAAGCCCCAGCUGAAACAGAAAAUGUCUGACUUCCUCAAAGACUGUGCCGAGAGGAUCAUCAUCCUCAAGAUCGUUCAUCGAAGGAUCAUUAACAGGUUCCAUUCGUUCCUUCUGUACCUCGGACACCCAGCCUACAGUGUGAGAGAGAUCAGCGUCCACAGGUUCAGUAAAAUCAUCAGCGAGUUUGCACUGGAGUACCGAACAACACGAGACCGCGUGCUGCAGCAGAAACAGAAACGAGCCGACCACCGCGAGCGCAACAAGACCCGAGGAAAGAUGAUCAUGGACGUCAACGCUCCUUCUGAUGAUGAAGAGGAGAGUGAGUGUGGUCGCUAUGGCUCGAGCAGCAGCAGCGCCCCCAGUGGCAGCCAGGAGAGCGAGCAGCCUCAAGGUCUGGGCCAUGCUGAGGAUGCUGCAGAGCAUGAGAACAUGAAGGCCGUAUUGAGAACCAGCCUCAGCGGCGGAGACAAGGAGGGCAGUGGAGUACCAGGACUUAGGACACGAACAAGAUCCCGGCCCGGACGGGGAGGUCGCACCAUGCAGGCUCGGACGCCAGCGGUGGAGGACCCUCAGAUCUGUGGAGACGACGCUGCAGAUGAAAUUAUGGAGCGUAUAGUUAGGUCAGCCACUCAGGGUCCAGGAACCAGAGCACAGCCCCGAGAGAGAAGGAGGUCAAGGGCCAAUCGGAAGUCAUUGAGGCGGACUCUAAAAAACGGUCUGACCCCAGAGGAAGCGCUCGCUUUAGGACUUACCGAUUCCCCCGAACCACAAAUGUGAUCAGCCAUCCUCCAGCCUGACCUUGUUGUCAUGGAAACAUAGCCACACCCAUCAACCAUCAUCUCCAUCAGCCUUCCGCCUUCACCACACGUCGCAGAGUGGUUUUCCGCCGAUCAUAAACCCCCUCACCGUUUUACCUGCUGCUUCUUUUGCCUGAUGUGUCUGAGAGACGAAGCUGCAGCCUUCAAAGUGUUUUAAUGCAAAUCAGGUUAAAGUGAAAGUGAAGAAAGAGAACGUGUUGAAAGUGAAAGAACAACAACAUUUUCUCAUUUUAAGAUUUAAGAUGUUGCAUUAGUCCAAAGGGAUGAAUUUUGCUAGUGAGUUUCUGCAGCUGUGACUUCUUUAAGCUGUGAAUUUCAGUUGCAAGGAUGAGCAGGCUCAAGAGAAAGUCUGUUUGUUCUUUUCCUGCUUUAAAGCAUCCAAGAGGUCACCUUAAACAAAGAGGCUUACUAAGUUUAAUCCUUUUGUAAAAAGGCAAAUGUUUGCUUCUGCAGCAGCGCUUUGACAAGUGACGAGUGUAGUUGUUCAGUAGGAAUGUGAAAGGUUUGCAUUCUGAUGUGUGCCUUUCAUUUAAAAGGGACAACGCUGUACCUUUACCACACCUCUCCUUGCUUCAUGCACCUCCUACUUCCUAGAUAACUCACUAAUGUCACAUCUACAGCCAUCACUAAUCUAUGAUUGUUGAUUAUCAUUGACUUUGUUAUUUUGGUUAAAAUUGUUGUCAGUAUUUAUUCGUGAAGCUCAAACAUCUUGCACCUUACUCAACAUUAAGAGUUUCUCAAGCUGAAAAUGAUUCAAAACACAGAAGUAAAGAGGUUUUAAUCUCAGAGGAACUUUUUGUAAAGUGUAAAAAGACACAAAGAUGAAGACAUUUUUUAAAUUUUAAUAAUCUAUUUUGAAGGACAUGCAGAGACGUCUGCAUAAAAUGUGUACAUGCCCUUUUCAGCUGCCUGGUACUAAAUACUGUAGAACUACAGUGUGCAUGUUUAGUGCGGUUCAUGUGAUGUAUUAUUUUUGUAUUUUCUGUAGAAACUUGUAUUAUAGUCUGAGAGAAAGGGUAAACGAUGCCGUUCUGUGAAUUGUAAUAAAUAAAACAUAAAGAGCUUAAAUAUGUGUUUUCAAAGUGUCUCUGUGCUGAGAGAGCGGUAUCUGGAUAUUUGAUUCUGGUUCCACGUUGUAUUUUGUAUGAACUUGAACAGGUUGUGGAUAAUUUAAGUCCCAUCUGAAUCGUGUGUUCCCUUUACAGUUCAACAAAAACUGCAUAAAUAUCACGUGGUGAGCUGAACAUGAAGCCAAGGUGACAAACAUGUUCACUUGAAAUGCUGUGUAUACACAAUCUGCAAUAAAAAUGAGUGAAAGUGAA